AUGACCGUGCGCAAUAAUUAUGUGAAUCACUGCCCUAAUAAUUGCAAUCCAACGUUUAGUGCUGAGCCACCUGCACCGGCACCGUCACCAACUGAACAAAUCAGCGCUGAUUUACAAGCGCACGAACCUGUAGCAUUCGAUUUGGACUCUUCUGACCCAAUAAAUUGCGAUCCUUCUGCAUUCGAAGAAGCAACACCUGACGAAGUCUUCGUUAAUCCCUUGAGCGGUGCCAUUCCUGAACAAGAAGUUUCGCAGCAUUCAUAUUCACAGCACUCUUCUUCACAGCACUCCUCUUCACAACACUCUCCUUCCGUACAUAGUGUCUCUAUUUCUGUUCACACCUGUUCUGAAGGGCUGGAGAUGCGAGCCGGGACAUCGGCAUCAACCCCUUCAUCACAGCUUGCCUAUGAGAUCCUACCAGAACCUACUGGAGAGGAGGUAGUGGUGUCGCACAUUCCUUAUCGAUCGGACUCGUUCGACUCCCAGAAAAGUUAUCACUUCUACACACAACAACCUUCGGCAGUUAUUGAGCGGGAAAGUACAGCUCCUUGUGUCAGUCCUGAGCUCUCACAAAGCUCGGGUAUCGAAGAAGAACGGCAUUACAGAACUGCAUUAACGCUACCCUUCAUUGAUGCUGAUAGCGUUUCAUCUCUUGUUGGAAACGAUGACUUACGACGUCUUCAAUCCGUUAAAAGACUUGCGGAUUCGCCGAGUAGUUAUACAGAAGUGGAAAUCGUGGUUCCUGAGGUGAAGCUAAUAACCAACAUCGAACAAAGUAAGACGCCCAAAGAAGAUGAAGAAAAGGUGGAAAUUGUGGAACCGAGACUUCACAGUAAGCAAGGUAACCAUGUGGAGAACAAUAACGAACAAGAGUUGGCACAACCACAACAACAAGCGCCGCAAAUAACUUCAGAUUCUGAAUCGCAGAAGCAACAGUCGCAGUAUCAGCAGCCGGUAAGAACAUUCAUGCUUUUCCUAAUACUCUAUAAAAGUUGAGU